AUGUAUCCAAACUCCAGCCGUGACUUUAAGGCUGAACAGUUCAGACCAUAUCCUCUCGCCACCGCCCCUCUCUACUGUUCCGACGGCCCGAGGGCAGCUCUCUGGAGCGACGCGUCCCCCAUCUCCUAUGCUUUCCCCCAGGCGCAGAGACGCCCCCUCGUCUCCUCCUCUUCAUUGCCGCUCGAAGCCGCUGCAGGCCGGAAGCACGCAGCUACCCGUCCAUCGAUUCUGCGGCCGUCAGCUCUCCCCGCCAAUGCGGCGCCGCCAUCCCCUUUAGCUGCCGCGGCUUCUCCUUCCCGCUUCCCCUCCACACGAAGGCGUCGCAUGAUACCUACCCUCCCCGCCGCGGGGUCGAGGGCUUCUUCCCCCCGAGGAGGUGUCGUCACCCUGAAGUGGUACAUCCGGCUCGGAGAGAUUUCGUGGUUACCUGGUGAUUGUAGGAGGCAAGGCAUCGGGAGCCGGUACAAGUGACAGUGCCAUCACCCUCUUGAGUCGAGGUGACGGAGAAUGCAUCAAGUUGCCAUGGACGAAGCUUCAGGACAGGUCACGUGGAAGGAUCGAGCAGGGGUCUAAGGCGACAUAUGCUGUUAGGACGGUAAUGUUGGAAGUAAUUUUUGGUGGAAGUAAUGGUGGUUGAUGAUGGCAAUAAGGGUAGGGGUUGGCCGUGAUUUUGGAACCAGGUAACCACGAGCAUUAACUGAGGAUGGUUGAAACUGAGCUAUGUUUGAGGAAGUGAUGUUGGCUGACGAGCAGAGAGGGUGCCAUGGAUUAAUUGGGCUUGUUGGGUUUGGCCCACAUAGGCUGGUGAGGGGCGAUUCUAGAUCAGCUGACAAAGGUUUGACGAAGGAACGGCGGACCGCCUGAUGACGGAACUCGUUCCCCCUUUUUAAGUAGUAGAGAUUGUUGCCUUCCCAGAAAAGGAGCUAUCUAUGGUAAGAUGAUAAAUUCGUCAUUAUGUUGCCUUCCCAAAAUUUGAGCCUAGUCUAUGGUAAGAUGAUAAGUAGUCAUUAUGUUGCCUUCCCAAAGGAGCUUUAUUUUUAGGAGAUUUCGAGAAUUUGAGACAUGUCGAAUUUGAUGUAGGUGGUGCUGUCGAUGGAUUGGCCAAAAAUCACCAAGUAUAGAGCUUUCUUUUUAGGAGGAAACCAGAUUUUAUGCCUUUUAUCAGGUUUCUAUUUAGGUAAGAUGGAUUUUAUGCCUUUUUGUUUACACGCUGGAUAUCCUGCUUUCAAAGCACUAUUGAUCGGUGUUCCUUAUCUGUCCACUAU